UUCCCAUCCUCUCCCAGUUCUCACCCCCCAACACCACAACCACACACACAGACACACUCCCACACACCAAAGGUCGGUACCACCGAACCGCACCGCCAUAACCAUGGCCUUCCGCAACGGGUCCUUUGCGACCUUUCUAAUCGUCUGCCCAACAUCCUUCUUCCUCGGCCUAAUCUUCUCCCUCUUCCCCUACGACUACCCCAUCCUCUGGUCUCCCACCCCCACCCCCGAAGACUACUUCACCUACUUCGAAACCCACCUCCGCUUCCUGCAUGCCUCUCCGCCCCUAAUCCCCCGGAUCCUGCACAUCGUGAUCUUCCUCGGUCUCAUGGGCCUGAUUCUCAAACUCUACAAACCCUCUGAAUCCAAUAUGCUCUUUGAUGGAGCCAGUCUGGUGCUCUAUAUGUGUGGAAUCACGGUGUAUAUUGCGAAUAUUGUCAAGGGGUUGAGACUGGUGAGUGCGGGGCGGUAUGGGGAUGAAUUGUUGGAGUUGAAUAAAGGGGAUGGCGUGGAUGUGGAGGAAGGGCAGAUUUUGGGCAGGGAGGAUAGUUUGAAGGUUUUGGCGGCGAGUAAUACGAUUUUGGCGUUGGUGUUGGUCGGGGUUUUGGUGUUGCAGGCGGGGCAGUGGUAUGCGGAGCGGAAGGAGGCGCAGGAGGUGGAGAGUUUUAGGUCCAGAGAGCAGGCGGGGGAGAAGGAGAAGGAGAAGGUUGAGGGGGGGAAGAAGAAGAAGAAUUGAUGGGUGGUGAAACUAGGUUAGGUUGUGUUUGGGGGAGAUUGAGAAGGGGAGGGUGUGGUAGGAUGGGGAGAUUGUGAUUGAGAUUGAGAUUCAGAAUAAAUGAAUGGUAUGGUAUGGCUGGAAUGGAUGUACGAUCUAUGUACAGCAACGGUAUCAGUUAAUCAACAGUUCAUGCUGGAUGCAAGUGCCAAUCAAGAAGAAAAAAGCAGAAUGAAUGCGAUGCGCCGGAAUCA